GGAACUAAUCUUUGUCUUUCAGCUGAGCGCGUGGAAGUUUGCGCGAUUCCAUUCGUUUAUAGGGGUACAACAUUUAUCUCCAGUAGUAGCCAAUGUUUUUCCUCCGUCUAUGUACUUGUAUGUACGUAAUCAUUUAUGCGUUUUAAAUUUUAACUCGAGCAAAUAACAUGUGUAUGUGAAUCCGCAACCACAGAUUGAACGAAGAGUUUUGAUGUGUCAGUGUCACACCCAUAGUUCGCGCAGGUGGAGGCGUUGGUUUGUUUCUAUUGCAGUGUAUCAUUCCUUUCUGAAGGAGAGUGAGAUCGACUGAGCAGCAGUGCUGUGAAUGCGUGUGAGUGAGGUUGUCUGAAAUUAUUAACGUGAUCUGGUGCGGUUUUCUUUGAUUAUUUUGGAAAAUAUCAGACAGGGUUGCGUUUAAAACACAAUAAUUUAAAGUAACAUUAUUUAAGGAGAUUUGCUAUGAAAGAUCAAAGAAUAGUCGUCAAGAUUCUGAAGUGGGUGUCAUUGAACUGACAGUCAAGAACCAAACCCGGACGUGAUCUCUCAGGCCAGGGCACUGUAUUGAAAAAUAUAACCAGGUGCAUUCUGCUCCCAAGCAGUGUGCAGUCAGAUGCAUCUCAACCUCUAUGUUUGCAAAUGGCUUGCUGUCUGAAGGACGAGCUUUUGUGUUCCAUUUGCCUGAGUAUCUACCAGGACCCUGUCAGUUUUGGCUGUGAGCACUAUUUCUGCCGUAAGUGUAUAACUGAGCACUGGAGCAGGCAGGAGCCCCACGGUGCCCGAGACUGUCCUGAGUGUAGGAGGACCUUCGCAGACCCUCUUCUCUCCCCAAGCCUCAAGCUGUCCAACAUUGUGGAGCGCUACUCAGCCUUCCCGCUGGACGCCAUCCUCAAUGCGCAGAGGAGCUCCUAUCCCUGCAAGGACCACGAGAAGGUCAAGCUCUUCUGCCUUAGCGACAAGAGCCUGGUAUGCUUCUUCUGUGACGAGCCAGCUUUACACGAGCAACACCAGGUCACCACUAUUGACGAGGCCUACGAGGAGAUACAGAGGGAGAUGAAGGAGCAGCUGGCCACUCUGCAGGACAGUGAGAAGGGACACACAGAGGCCCUGCAGCUACUGCAGAGACUACUCACUGAGACCAAGUCGUCGGCCAAGGGCCUUCGUGCGACCAUCGGCGAGGUGUUUGAGCAUCUACAGCGGUUUCUGCGCGAGCGCCAGAAGGCCAUGUUAGAGGAGCUGGAGACUGACACGGCGCGCACGCUCUCCGACAUCGAGCACAAGAUCCAGCGCUUCAGCCAGCAGCUGCGUGACGUCAAGGAGGGCAUCGGCAUCCUGCAGGAGCGCCUCAACGAGCCGGGACGCCAUGACUUCCUGGAGGGUGUUGCCCUCACCUCCGAGAGGUGCUCUGCUUACUGUCUGACUGACCAUGGAUCAGCUCUUCUUCCAAACAGCCACAGUCCUAAACUUUUGAUAAAAGGAAAGAUACAUGAGACCAAUUUAACAUAUGAAGAUUUCCCGACCUCCAAGUACAUGGGGCCCCUGCAGUACACAAUAUGGAAGUCUCUAUUUCAGGAUAUUUCACCAGUGCCAGCAGCUUUGACCUUAGACCCCGUCACAGCCCACCAGAGACUCAUCCUAUCAGAUGACUGCACCAUCGUAGCCUAUGGUAACCUGCACCCCCAGCCGUUGCAGGACUCCCCGCGGCGCUUCGACGUGGAGGUGUCUGUGCUGGGGGCCGAGGGCUUCGGCUCUGGGGUGCACUACUGGGAGGUGAUGGUGUCAGAGAAGACACAGUGGAUGAUCGGUGUGGCCAACGAGAUGGUCAGCCGCAAGGGCAGCAUCCAGAUCCAGCCCAGCCGUGGCUUCUACUGCAUUGUCAUGCACGACGGCAACCAGUACAGCGCCUGCACCGAGCCCUGGACCCGCCUCAACGUCAAGAGCAAGCUGGAGAAGGUGGGCGUGUACCUGGACUACCCCAAGGGCCUGCUGGUGUUCUACAAUGCUGACGACAUGUCCUGGCUGUACACCUACAGGGAGAAGACAUUCCCGGCCAAGCUCUGCCCCUACUUUAGCCCCGGGCAGAGCCACGCCAACGGCAAGAAUGUCCAGCCGCUGAGAAUCAACACCGUGCGUCUAUAAGAGCUACACAGUGUCAGUAGACAGAUCGCUCACCUCAACCCUAACCUGACAAUAGGAUGAUGAUGAUAUAACUAAGAUCCUAAAAACAGCUAGUUUUAAAAUGAAGGAAUAUGAGAAAAACAACAGGGUGUAUGACUAUGGAAUGUUUUUCUGUCUGGUUUGCGCGUCCUCUCUUUUUGCCUGUCGGUGUGGGUCCUCACUAUUCUCACCUGGGAAAGACUAUUGGAACGCUUCUUCACUGGUGGAAGGAGAGACUCUGUCUGCAUAGAUGAUGUCAUACCACAAUGGUUUAGUGGGGGGAUCUCUGUGCUGUUGCUGUCUGAGGACCACCUUGCACAAGCCCAAGGGCUCUGCUCUCCUUACAAGUACCCAGACUGACAGAUGGCUGCUCUCUCUCUCAGUAGCCAGACAUUUGACUCUGGUCACUUUUCUUCCCCUGUGCAGUUGGCUUAACUGUGUUUGUGGAAUGUGUCUGACACCCCUAUGGUCCUUUUUCUUUGGCAUAGUUAGCCGUUGUGAGUGAACGCCCGUGGUGGUGGCAGUGAGUGCUGUUCCAUGUACCCUUUACUGAUGAAAAUGAUGAUUAUUUUCCCUCAGGUCACACGUGCACUUUUCCAUCGUUGACUCAGUCAGUCAGUCCACGACGUGUUGGAACGGCAGAAUCAUGGUCCGUGUGGUCUAGUGAUGGUCACUGUAGUAGUGUUUGCUGUCCUCACCGCUCCCUCCCUUCCCCACAGAGUCAUGCUUUGUUGGUUUAUUCACCUCCAGCACGCUAGCGCUCUACUCUAGCUGUCCUGUACCUGUGGUUAUUUAUUCACUUAGUGUUAGCGCUCGUACAUUCCUGAUUCCAUCUCCCUGCCUCCUCCCUCCCAUGGCAUCUCGUCAUUGCAUUGUAGGUGUCAGAGGUCAAUCUCAAUAAAUGAAUCUUGACAUCUGCUGAUUUACACUUGGCCUAUGGGGCAGAGACCACUUACGACUCGAGCAGCAUGACGCUGCAAUUAAUGAGCUCUAGAAUGUUUUUAAUCAGUCAUUCUCUCACUUUCUUCUUCAAAUAUGUUGAAACUAGUAAAUGCUAUGGACACUGUUUUUUAAUAUAUUUAUAGAUUGUCUAAAUACUUUAAGGAUAUACAAAUGGCCAAGGAGAACAAUAUUACAGUACAUUAUUAUUAUUAUACUGCCCUGGCCUGUUGGCAUUCUUCUAACAUCCAUUUAGUUCCAUAAGGCUGUUGCAGCGUAAACAGAAUACACUAUGUUCUGAGGCUCAGUUCAUGUUAGCUCCUGCCCCAUAUGAAUCAAGUUUAAGGCCAGUCCUCCAGAAUGUAUAAUAAAAAGCUCUUGUCCCUUAACCAAGUCCAGCACGGAGAGCGCCAGGAGAGUGUGUGUGUGUGUGUGGUUACGUCUGUAUGUUAGUGUGUGCGCAUGUUGGUGUUAAAUCUAUGUUCUGGCCUCCUCGUCUGUGAGGUGAAGUGAUAAAAUAUCACAUCUGUACCCCCUAAAUCCCUGCCGUGUGUGUGUGUGUGUGUGUGUGUGUGUGUGUGUCUUCACUUUGAAGAGCUGGGGCAGUUCCCUACUUUGUUGGUAUGUUCUGAAGAGUGCAGUAUGAUGCAGAACCCUGUGGGGUGUAUUUGAAGCAAGACUGCUGUCCUGUGAUAUGGACACCAAGCAGGAGCUGAUUAUUGUGGGGUGGUGGUGGGUAACUGAUAUGGACACCAAGCAGGAGCUGAUUAUUGUGGGGUGGUGGUGGGUAACUGAUAUGGACACCAAGCAGGAGCUGAUUAUUGUGGGGUGGUGGUGGGUAACUGAUAUGGACACCAAGCAGGAGCUGAUUAUUGUGGGGUGGUGGUGGGUAACUGAUAUGGACACCAAGCAGGAGCUGAUUAUUGUGGGGUGGUGGUGGGUAACUGAUAUGGACACCAAGCAGGAGCUGAUUAUUGUGGGGUGGUGGUGGGUAACUGAUAUGGACACCAAGCAGGAGCUGAUUAUUGUGGGGUGGUGGUGGGUAACUGAUAUGGACACCAAGCAGGAGCUGAUUAUUGUGGGGUGGUGGUGGGUAACUGAUAUGGACACCAAGCAGGAGCUGAUUAUUGUGGGGUGGUGGUGGGUAACUGGUGGGGGUCAGAAUAAGGACCAUUAUGUGAACACUUUUUAAUGAGGAUUGUGUCUUUUGGAUGAUGGCCGCUGUGCACCCUUCAUUGUGCGAACAUACUCUGUGUUUCUGCUGCUAGAGGUCCAUAAAGGUUUUCAUGUACAAUUAAAGACGGGUAAAACCAA